UGAACACCCUGAGUUCUACAACUGAGCAGAAAAAAUGUCCCGUUUUCUUCGACUUUUGUGGGUUGUAUUUCAAGUACUUGUUAUUACGGUAUUCAGUGAUUUUCAGAAUGACAGAAGGCUCUUGGAGGAUUACAACAAAUUUCAGCACAUUCCGUCAGCAAGAACCACAAGCAAGAAGCUUCAAAUGCACUUUUUGGCGCAAACAGACGCUUCUCGCCUCAAAAGACAACUACGUGGCCACUACGAUAUCAUUUACAUCAUCGACUCCUCCAGCUCGAUCAGCAGGGCUGAAUUCCGAAAGGGCAUCAAAGCCAUUCAAAUGUUGAUUGACAAGGGUGCACGUGACUCGUUACACGCGGCUAUUACAGUAGCCAAUCAGGCACAUCCUGUCUUCACAUUUUCUUCCGUUGAAAAAGCCAAUGAGAAACUGGAGAAACUGCAAAGAACCGGUGGAAAAACAAACAUGCAAGAGGCGUUAGAGAAAAGUUUACGAAUGUUUCAAAAUCCUAGCAGCGGAGCCCGAGCCGGAAGUUUUAGACGCGUUCUGGUUGUGACUGAUGGACAGUCCAACGUGAAACGGAACAAAACGCUCUUGAAUGCCAUGGACCUGAAGCUCAAUGGAGCAGAGAUCUUUGUGAUUGGAGUAGGAGAAUACUUGGAUGGAAUUCAUGAAUUGGUGCACCUGGCUAGUUCAUUGGAUGCACAUUUAUACAGAGCUGGUGACAUGCAAGGUCUCGUUGAAGUUGUCAAACUCAUAACACCGGUCAGUUACAGACGGAGCUGGGAAUCGGAAGUCAGGAGAAUAAGGCAAGCAGUCAUGCUUGGAAGGCAAUAACGUGUUUUCAUAUCCUUCAUGAAUGAUAAAUGCAUGUUCUUAAAUGUUAAUUGAAAAGGUCAUCAUAGUCCUUUUUGGUUGUUAGAACAUUGGUCUGUUGGUGACUCUUUGGCAACUUGUUUGCUUCUUUAGAUGCCUGUUUUUGUUUUGUUUUAUAUUUGUUUGUAAUUUUUUACCUGGUUUUUUGUUUAUUUGUUUGAUUCACAAUUUAAUUCGGUUGGUGUUGUGAGAACAUCAGUGAAAUGAAUUUUUUUAUGUUAUUUAUGUCCUAUCAUGAGGCCUUUUCCAAACUUUUGAAAGUGUUUCAUAAGUUCAAGAUGAAACCACUCUGGUUUUAUUUCCUAAUGACUGCAAUCAAGAGAACAUUUUUGUU